AUAAAUUGGGGGAGUGGAGGAGUCAUUGUCGAGGAAUGUGCAGCAUAACUCAGAAGCCAUUUUGUGAUGAUAUCCCUUGUUGAGAAAGCCUGUGAGGAUGCUGAAACCAGCGAACAUGGUUUACACUCCUGUCUGUUUCUCCCUCCGUCUCCUCUAUUUUCACCGUGGCAGCUGGCAACCGACGGGACAUUAGCAAAGCGGGGUGUCGAGCUGUGCUCACAGGGUUAACACGCCACUGAAUAUGAAAGAGGAGAGUGUCUGUUUACUGUCUCUGUCGAGACAUGUAACACCGUGAGUCUUUUCCAGUCUGAAAUCUUCCAGCAUCUCUCACAACACCAACCGUCUCCUUUGAGUGACCGUGUUAUAAUUCACUCGUGUUACCGGGGGACAAGGAGAAGCAGAUCCGUUAUUUUUUGUUUUUAAAUAUUUUUUUGUUUCCUCUCCAAAUGGCUUCUGUGAGCCUUGUUUCCAGUCCCCCAGCCCCUGUUCUUGACAAAAACAUGACAGACUCUGAGCUUGCAGGGGAUGAAAGGGAGGAUGGCGAGCUGGAAGAUGGAGAAAUAGACGAUGAGGGAAUUGAGAUGGAAGAGAACAAAGAGGCUGCUGAGGUGAAGGAGGACAAUGAGAAAGAGAAGGAAAAAGAAAAGGAGAAAAAUAAAGAGAAGGAAGUAAAGGCUCGCAGACACUCGAGGAAACGAUACAAAAAGACCAGAGAGAAGAGGCGGUCCAAAAGGAGGAAACGUGAAAGACAAAGACAUCAUUCCCCCUCCAGCAGCUCCAGCUCCGACAGCUACGACUCGGACUACGACCGGGCUGAAAGGCCCAAGAGCAGGAAGGGCCAAGGCUACAGCCGUGACUCUGAUAUCCCGCCCUCUCAGCAUUCGAAGGGACUCCACGGCAACUCGAAGAAGUCCCCCCCGCAGAGGGGCAGCGAUUUCGAUAAAUACAGCGAGGACUACAGCGAUGACAAGUAUGACUACGAGGAGGAGGAGGAGGAUUACGAAGACGACAUGUCGGAGUACCCGCAGUCCAAAGAUGGGGGUCAGGGGAAGGGGCGCUACCCAAAGGAGCAGAUGAUGAGAGGAAACCUGAGAGGGAUGAAGCACCAACAGUUUGGACCGAGAGGAAGGGGCAGAGGGAGCGGCCCAGGAAGAGGGCGGGGGAUGCUUAUCAAGAACAAGAAGCUUAAGGGCAAACCGUGGGGAGGACGCGGGCGCGGCCGAGGAGGAGACCUGGGAAUGGACGACAUGGGACCAGUAAGUGCUGCGUAUCCAAGAAAACCCGCCCAGCAGGAAGGAAAAAGCUCCUGUGGCUUUCAGAAGAAGUGGCCAAUCAUGAGCAAGGAGUUCAUCAGUCAGCAUACGGUGGAGCACAACGGUAGAUACAUCUGCAAGUAUUUCCUCGAGGGCCGCUGCAUCAAGGGGGAACAGUGCAAAUUUGAACACGAGCUCGUGGUGCCCGAUAAGAAAAAGGAGCUGUGUAAGUUUUACCUGCAGGGAUACUGCAGCAAAGGAGAUCACUGCAUUUACAUGCACAAUGAAUACCCCUGCAAGUUCUUUCACACCGGAGCCAAAUGUUAUCAGGGGGACAACUGCAAAUUCUCCCAUGAUGCUUUAAACGAUGUGACGAAAGAGCUGCUUGACAAGAUAAUCAACACGGAGGAGGAGAACGCCCGGGAGGACGAGCUGGAGCUGGAGGAUCUGAGAAAGCAGGGGAUCGCGCCGCUUCCAAAGCCCCCUCCUGGAGUGGGGUUGCUGCCCACGCCGGGUCAGAGCAGUCCCUCAGAUGGCGCCUCUGGUCAGUGCGGCAAGAAGAUUCCCUCUCUGUUUGAAAUCAAGGUUCAUCCGACUGUCGACUUGGCACACAAAAUUGCUCACAGUGGUACAAACUUCUCCCAGAAUCAGGGAGACGGGGCCGGUCAGUUUAGCGGGGGCUCAGAUGACAUGCAGGCUGCAGCUGCUGUGGCCUCUGGUGCCCCUGCAGGAACCACCGCUGACUCAGCUCUUGCCAUGGGUCACGCCGCUGGGCCACCCAUGCCACAGAGCCCCCCGGGACAGCACCCGCCUCACGGGUUCCCGAUGCAAACACCAACGCCCUCCGGUCCGCCCCCACCCUUCCACGGAGUCAGCAUCAACCAGCAGAUGAAUAUGCAGACGCCUCCGUUCCCACCCGACGUCCAGAUGUCACAGAACAUGCUGCCCUGCCCGUCGUUUGGUCAGAACCCGGUGGAUUUCCUGAGCAGCUUCUUCCAAAACCAGGCCAUGGGUCAACAGGAAGUCGAACCUGGUCAGGCCUUCAUACAGAGCCUUCAGCAGCUGAUGGGUGCAGAAUCACAGUUACAGGCUUUGCCACCAGCGGUGCAGAAGGCCAUCUUGUUACAUCUGACACAGCAGCAGCAGCCGCAGCAGCAGCCGCAGGAGUCCCAGGGCAAGGAGCCCCACAGAGCAGAGGGACAGGCUGAUAAGAACGAAAACAGGGAUGAAACCACAAACUGGUACUCUAGCGAUGAGGAGGACGGGGGCUCUUGUGUCUCCUCCAUCCUGAAAUCCCUAAAGAAGCAGAGUGAGACGCAGCAGAGUCAGUCGAAGCCCCCCCAGGCCGCGUCGGCGACUCCGGCUCUGGGCGACCCCAGGCUCAUGAAGGAACGAGCCCCGUCCGGCGACCCCAGGGUGAAGACGGACCCCAGACAGCGGCUCCCGGAUCCCGGCAAGGAGACGGACGGAGCUGCGGAUCCAAGGCUGCCCAGAGACCCCAGGAAGACGAGGCCGGCCGAUCUCGGUCGCCAGCAGAGCCACCCCGCUCCAAAAAAGGCUCCGACGGGAGAGGAGGAUGACGAGGGUGAGAGGGAGCUGAAGGACAGAGCUGUCCUCAUCCCGCUGGAGGCCAGCCCUGGCGUGGCUCUGCGGGACCCUCGCUGUCAGCUGAAGCAGUUCAGCCACAUUCGGGUGGACAUCCUGCUCCAGCGGCCUGCCUUCGCUCAGUCCGUGGUGUGGGCGCCCGAGGACCUCAUCCCCUCCCUCGUCCCCAAGCAGGAGCACUCCAUCAACCUGCCGCUGCCGCCGCUGAUCGCAGACGCUCAGAUGAACCGAACGAGCCAGCCCGACCACUCCGUCGUCUCCAGCCCCCCGCCGUCUGACCCCAGACUAGCGGCCGUCCGCCUGAAGGAACGCCUGGGUCGGAUCCCCGCCGGCUCCGUGGAGUCGCGAUCCUCCACGGAGAGGCCCGUGGACCCGCGGCAGCAGAAAUCCCUGGACCCCAGACUCAAGCGCAGGGGGAGUCUGGACUCCAAGCUGCUGGGUCAGAAAGACCCCUCCUCAGCUUGUGGAGGGCUUGUGGACCCCAGGCUCCAGAAGGCCGGCAACAGCGCGGCUCCCCACGCCGCCCAGGGCAAGCCGGAGCCUGAGAAGCUGCCGCCGUACGCGCCCCGGCUGGCGUCGUCCGACGGCGGGCUGGAGAGUCCCACCACCAUCCUUGGCGGCAUCAGCUUGUACGACCCGCGCUCUCAAACGGAGCAGGCGCGGAGGGAGCAGGUCGAGCCUCCCAAAAAGCCCGGGAUCUUGAAACAGCCGUCCAAAGCGGAGCACUCUCUUGCACCGUCUCCCUCACCGGGCCAGCGAAGCGGCUCGUUUGAAGAGGCAAAAAGCACAGAGGUCGCCUCCCGUCAAAGCCCACCUCCUGCUUCUCCCAGCGGGCCUCCUCCUCCCGCCUCGCCGGUCAAACCCCCCGCAGUCCAUAACCUCCCCAUCCCGGCGCUGGCCGGGCUCAUCCGGCCUCAGUACGCCGACCCCAGGCAGGCUAAGCCAGGAGGACAGGCGGCCGCAGGGCCACAGGAGGAGACGGAGGGCCCCAAGGACCCGGAGGCGAAGGUGGAGGCAGACGAGGAGAAGGAGGAGGUUAUGGAGGAAGAGGCAGAGCAGAAAGACCCAGAGGAGACGGACGACAGGACACUUAAAGAUGUCUUCAAGACUUUCGAUCCCACCGCUUCUCCUUUCUGCCAGUAGAUAUCCCAGCAUGGAAACUAAAACGAGUGUUUUGUAAAUUGUUGGACCAUUAUCACAUAUUUUUAUUUUAGCAGUACAUGGCUCUAUUUAUUUCUGUAAAUACUCGAGCGCAGGUUAUCACAGCAUCACUUGUCUGUCAGAAAACAGGGGUGUGGGGAUGCAGAGGUAUUAUCUUUUUGAUUUUUUUUUGACAUGCAGAUAUUCCACUGUGGAGAAACAAAUUAACUCUACACGCAGACAGAGCAUGUGGAUAAUAUUUACCAUGUUGACAGUAUUUAUCUCGUUCCACUCAGAGUUCAUUGUGUGUCCUUUUGUGAUAAGUGAUAUUCUGUUUUGUUUUUUUGUUAUUUUUACCAGAGAAGAGCUUUUAAUUUCUCAAGGACUUGUCAAAAAAAAAUCUUUUCCUCACAUGUAAUACAUGAUCACACUGACAUUUAUUUACACUUUUUAAACUUUCUAUACAGUUAAAUGUUUUUGCUGAAAUGUUUGCACUGCGUCCUCUUUCCCGAACAUGCUAUCGUUUCUUUUUUUCUUUUUCUUUUUGCUUUUUCUAUUGAUUCAAGUUUAUAUCAGCUGUUAGCUACUCAAUUUGAUGUAUAGGACCUCCUUUUUUCCCCCACAUUUUGUAACCUUAUAAACCUAAUUGUAUUUUAUCUGGAUUUUAUGUGAGAAGUCGCUGGAAGAAAAAGCAUAAAUUGUUUUUAAAAUCCUUUGCAGAUAAAAAUAGGAAAGGUUUGUGAGUUCAGAGUUACACACUACUUUAUAUUGGUCUGUCCCAAAUAAUCCCACAAAUAGAAAUGCGUGGUUAUGAGCUCAAAUGUGUACCACAGUUUUUCAUAGGGGUGUGCACACUUUUUGCAAGCCACCGUAUCUGUGCCAUUGUACCAAAUAAAAAAGCACCCAUACCAGCUUGGAAGCAGCAGGUAAAGGUUUAUUUUAUCUGAAAAUGGAUUAAUGAUAGGAAAAAAAUAGAUGAAAGUGUUUCUCUGUGUAUUUUCUGUACCUAAAAAGUACCACCCUACAGGCAUUACAAGUAAAUGUAUAUAUGGAAGAAAAUGUGCCGCCGUAUCACACUAGAGCGUUGUAUUUAAGCCUGCCUUCAUAAAGUGUGAAUGUUGUGGAGUGAAGCAUCUCAGCAGUGCUGCUUUCUGUUGGCCUGAAAAUAAGCUAUCCCCUUUUGUUUUUGUUUUUAAUUCCCCGUCUUGUUUCUCCACUGUAAAUGUGCGUUUUGUAUAAUGUGUACAGUGUGUUUCACUGAGCGCUUCGUUGUAUAAACAGAGUUCUAUUUCUGUUCGUGUGGUGACACCGGCUUUUUGCUUUUAAAAGUACACGUGCUCAUCGUUCAAGUCAUUUUAUUAUGAAUAUAUCGAAUAAAGAGGUGAACCAGA